GCCAGCUUUCGCUUGGAAGGUUGUUUUCGGUGUCAUCAAAAUAUAUUUUUGAUUAAGUAGGCAGAAACGAGGUAACCAGCUAGUAUGGCAAAGUCCAAGAAUCAUACCAAUCACAAUCAAAACCAAAAGGCUCAUAAAAAUGGAAUCAAGAAGCCCAAGCGCAAGCGUCAUGAGUCCAAGCGUGGUAUGUGCCAGAAGUUCCAGCGCAACCUACGAUUCUCGAAGAAGGGUAAUGUGUCUCAUGAGGAAUCGCUAAAGCGUGCCGAGGAGCGUAAAGCUAAGUACGCUGGACAACCUGCACCUGUGAAACUGUAGGAAGUACGAUGCCGAACCACACCGUACCUUCUCCACUCUUGUACAUGCACGAUGUAGUAUGUGGAAAAGUGAAGAAAUAAAGCUACUUUAAAAUUCUAA